UCUCUUUUCAUCAAAAUCACACAGAAAGUGAGUGAUAUAAUGGGCUUACUACAGAGAUCGUGUCAAGCUUGCGUCAAGGCCCGACGCCGCUGCAAUCUCGCCAGUCCCUGCUGCGAGAGAUGCUCCACGAAGCGUAUUCCCUGUCGGUACACCAACGAGCCAGCCCCUGCAUCCAUCGAUACCCACGAAAGGGCAUUCAAAAGUAUUGUUAAAUCUCGAAAGUUUGAGGAAGAACAGAGUCCUCAAAGCUUGUCGCGAUUAGUGGCCCGUGGUGUUCUGGAUACAAGGCUACAGAUCUUUAUUCGACAAGUACUCUGCGAGGGAUACCAGGACUCUCGAACUCUUCCAGAAUCAGAUCUUUGGCGAUUACAUGAUCUCGGAGUUAGGACAUUGAAUAACGGUCUCCAGAUCUUUAACCCUAGGCAUCUCGAAAUUGUGCGGGUGUUUAACCAGGCGACGCUUCAUCAGUUGUCGGACAUUCUUCGAAGCUUCCCAGGCCAGUUCGCUGAGCAUGGCACGACCUCGUUUAUCCACUCUGGAUUAUACGACUACACACUUCCAUCGUCGCUCAAAGAAGUGAGAGAUAUUUGCUAUAGCUAUCAUAUUGGCGGCGAAUAUCUUGCCAGCAAUCGCCUCAAUGCCCUUCGCUUCACAAUUAGACGUCUACUCCGUUUUUCAAAACGUACGACCUGCUUCACAGACACAUUAGCCUACGCACAAGCAAUAAGUCUCGCACAAAUAAUCCGUCUUCUAGAAUGCCACGACACGCACGAGGAUGAAAUCGAGCGAGACAACGAAGAAAUGUGGGCUCUUACCCAUCAACUGUGGCAACAUGCACCGACUCAACUACCAAGCUCACUAAGUCCCUGGAAAGCAUGGUUAUUCUCUGAGAAUGUUAGAAGGACUAUAAUGGUUUGUAAUAUCCUUUUAGCAGUGUACAGUUCGUUGAGGAGGGGAUAUACGAUGCAUUCACUUUGUGUCGAGGCUCUGCCGUUUGAUGUGCGGACAAGGCUUUGGGAUAUGGAGAGUGAAAGUGCUUGGGUUGCUGCGGCUUCAAUGAUGCCAGGCUCGCAUUUGGUGACGCUUAGUCAAUUUACAGAGCUUCAACGGCCGGAAGUUGGUGGUUCACGGUUUGAAGAUCUUCUUCUGCUGUCAUUUAGAAGGUAAAGGACAGCCAUGAGUGCACUGGCCC